AUGAAGCUCCUAGCCCUCUCAGCUCUCAUUUCCCUUGCCGUUCACCUCGUCGAAGGUCGCGUUAUCCACGACGCCAGCGAGCUUCCAGCUAGGGCCGAUUACGACUUCAUCGUCGUUGGAGGUGGAACUGCAGGUUCUGUUCUUGCGAGUCGACUUUCGGAGGACCGCAGACGCAGCGUCUUGCUCAUUGAAGCUGGCCCUGACAAUGAGGGCGUUGAGGAGCUUGUAAUUCCCGCUAGCUGGAUGGGAGGUAUUCCAGCGACAUACAACUGGAACUAUACCACCACCCCUCAGCCCGGGUUCCUCGAUCGAGUCCAACCCUACGAUCGAGGCCACGUUCUCGGUGGCAGCAGCGCUCUCAACGCAAUGGUUUACACUCGAGGAGCGUCGGAAGACUAUGAUGAGUGGGCCAGGCUCACUGGCGACUCCGGCUGGAGGUGGAACAAUCUCUUCCCCCUCAUCAAGCGCCAUGAGAAAUGGGUCCCACCCGCUGGAGGUCGCGAUGUCUCUGGUCAAUAUGACCCCAAUGCUCACGGUUACGACGGAAACACCCAAGUUUCGCUGCCAUGGAGUGGACCGAACGCAUUCGACGCCAAGGCAAUCGCCGCCGCCGAGAGCUCUUCCGAGCACUCUUUCAAUCUGGAUGGGAACUCUGGAUCUCCUCUGGGACUCACAUGGAUUCAGUCCACCAUAGGCAACGGAGAGCGCAGCAGCGCGGCAACUGCCUACCUCAGCCAAUCUGUUCGUGACAGACCCAAUUUGACUAUCCUCACGAACACGUAUACCACCCGUGUUCUCCCAACUGGAUUGAGCAUACUCAAGGACUUCCGCACGGUCGAAUUCGCAUCGAGAAAUGGAGGUCCACUAAGGAAACUCACCGCCAAAAAGGAAGUUAUCCUUUCGGCGGGUGCCUUUGGCUCGCCGCAGAUCCUCCAGAACUCCGGUAUUGGUGAUCGACGAGACCUUUCUCGAGUCGGCGUCAGGACUGUCCACGACCUCCCCGACGUUGGAAAGGGACUUUCUGAUCACGUUACUUCCACCGCCCUCUGGUUCACCACCGACACCUCAGCUCCACCGAUGGAUCCCGCCGAUGCGAUGGCUAUGUGGCAGAACAACCGCACCGGACCCCUCACCGAGGCUGUUGGUCACCAAAUUCUGUGGGCAAGAAUCCCAGAGAGCUCUGGCAUCUUUGCCAACCACCCUGACCCUGCUCCGAGCCCUAACACUCCUCACCUCGAGGUCGCACUCACCACCUACGGCGAAGUUGCUGGCGCUUUCAUUGUUUUGAUGACUCCUCAUUCGCGCGGAACUGUCAAGAUCGCCUCCAAUAACCCAUUCGAUGCCCCCAUCAUCGAUCCUGGUUGGCUCUCGCACGAAUGGGACGUCCAGGCUCUCACUGAGGGCAUCCGUCUCGUCAAGAGAUUCUAUAACGAGCCUGCUUGGGAUGGCUACUUCACUGCUCCCCUCACCCCGGACCCAGACCUCACUCCCAUCGCCGAAUUCCACCAGCACAUCAGGAACACCUCUGGCGCAACUUCGCAUGCCUCAGGAACAGCAGCCAUGUCGGCUAGGGGUGCGAGGAAUGGCGUCGUUGACCCAGAUUUGAAGGUGAAGGGCCUCAGGGGCCUCCGCGUCGUCGACGCAUCUGUUUUCCCCAUCAUUCCUAGCGCGACCACGCAAGGUCCCGUCUACUUCGUCGCCGAGAGGGCCGCUGAUUUGAUCAAGAGGUCAUGGAUGUUCUGGCCUUUCUAA